CAAUGGAGGUGAUGAACCUGAUUGAACAGCCCAUCAAGGUGACCGAGUGGCAGCAGACAUACACCUAUGAUUCGGGCAUCCACUCAGGUGCCAACACCUGCGUGCCCUCUGUCAGCAGCAAGGGCAUCAUGGAGGAGGAUGACGCCUGCGCGCGCCAGUACCUGCUCAAGAAGACCACCACCUACACGCAGGGUGUGCCCCAGAACCAAGGUGACCUGGAGUACCAGAUGUCCACAACGGCCAGAGCCAAGCGGGUGCGGGAGGCCAUGUGUCCUGGCGUGACGGGGGAGGAGAGCUCGCUGUUGCUGGCCACCCAAGUGGAGGGGCAGACCACCAACCUGCAGUGGCUGGCUGAGCCGUCCCAGAUGCUCAAGUCGGCCAUUGUGCAUCUCAUCAACUACCAGGAUGACGCUGAGCUGGCCACCCGGGCCCUGCCCGAGCUCACCAAAUUGCUCAACGAUGAGGACCCGGUGGUGGUGACCAAGGCGGCCAUGAUUGUGAACCAGCUGUCCAAGAAGGAGGCAUCGCGGCGGGCCCUGAUGGGCUCACCCCAGCUGGUGGCGGCCGUGGUGCGCACCAUGCAGAACACCAGCGACCUGGAUACAGCCCGCUGUACCACCAGCAUCCUGCACAACCUCUCCCACCACCGUGAGGGGCUGCUUGCCAUCUUCAAAUCAGGCGGCAUCCCCGCCCUGGUCCGCAUGCUUAGCUCCCCGGUGGAGUCGGUCCUGUUCUACGCCAUCACCACCUUGCACAACCUGCUGCUCUACCAGGAGGGUGCCAAGAUGGCGGUGCGCCUGGCGGACGGGCUGCAGAAGAUGGUGCCCCUGCUCAACAAGAACAACCCUAAGUUCCUGGCCAUCACCACCGACUGCCUGCAGCUGCUGGCCUAUGGCAACCAGGAGAGCAAGCUGAUCAUUCUGGCCAAUGGAGGACCCCAGGCCCUCGUGCAGAUCAUGCGCAACUAUAGUUAUGAGAAGCUGCUCUGGACCACCAGCCGUGUCCUCAAGGUGCUGUCCGUGUGUCCCAGCAAUAAGCCAGCCAUUGUGGAGGCUGGUGGGAUGCAGGCCCUGGGCAAGCACCUGACAAGCAACAGCCCACGCCUGGUGCAGAACUGCCUCUGGACCCUGCGCAACCUCUCGGACGUGGCCACUAAGCAGGAGGGCCUGGAGAGUGUGCUGAAGAUUCUGGUGAACCAGCUGAGUGUGGAUGAUGUCAGUGUCCUCACCUGUGCCACGGGCACGCUCUCCAACCUGACGUGCAACAACAGCAAGAACAAGACACUGGUGACGCAGAACAGCGGUGUGGAGGCUCUCAUCCACGCCAUCCUGCGUGCCGGUGACAAGGACGACAUCACGGAGCCGGCUGUCUGCGCCCUGCGCCACCUCACCAGCCGCCACCCCGAGGCCGAGAUGGCCCAGAACUCCGUGCGCCUCAACUAUGGCAUUCCAGCCAUUGUCAAGCUGCUCAACCAGCCCAACCAAUGGCCACUGGUCAAGGCAACCAUUGGCCUGGUCAGGAAUCUGGCCCUGUGCCCAGCCAACCAUGCCCCACUGCAAGAGGCAGCAGUCAUUCCCCGCCUCGUCCAGCUGCUGAUCAAGGCCCACCAGGAUGCCCAGCGCCAUGUGGCUGCGGGCACACAGCAGCCCUACACGGAUGGUGUGAGGAUGGAGGAGAUUGUGGAGGGCUGCACCGGAGCCCUGCAUAUCCUUGCCCGUGAUCCCAUGAACCGCAUGGAGAUCUUCCGACUCAAUACCAUCCCCCUGUUUGUGCAGCUCCUGUACUCAUCAGUGGAGAACAUCCAGCGUGUGGCUGCAGGAGUUCUGUGCGAGCUGGCCCAGGACAAGGAGGCAGCCGACGCCAUUGAUGCUGAGGGGGCCUCGGCCCCACUCAUGGAGCUGCUGCACUCCCGAAAUGAGGGCACCGCCACCUACGCCGCUGCCGUCCUGUUCCGCAUCUCUGAGGACAAGAACCCAGAUUACCGCAAGCGUGUGUCGGUGGAGCUCACCAACUCCCUCUUCAAGCAUGACCCAGCUGCCUGGGAGGCUGCCCAGAGCAUGAUCCCCAUCAAUGAACCCUAUGCAGAUGACAUGGAUGUCACCUACCGCCCCAUGUACUCGAGUGAUGUGCCCUUGGACCCCCUGGAGAUGCACAUGGACAUGGACGGGGACUACCCCAUCGACACCUACAGCGACGGCCUCAGGCCCCCCUACCCCACUGCAGACCACAUGCUGGCCUAG